AAUGACCUCUACUUCUCACAAUGAUGUAUUCCCUUCACAUUAAUAGAUGAUGAGCAUUUCUAAACAUUUCAAUAAGCUCCUCUCCCUUCCCCCCUUUGUGUUUCCAUGGCUGAGAGAACAGAGAAGAGGAAGAGUUUUACAUAGCCCAGGUCCUUCCCAACCUGAGUGGUAUCUUAUUUGAAAUGGGUCAGGUCCUAUCCAACCUGGCAAGAAUCUUAUUUGGAAGAAAAGAGGUUAAGCCAAUUCAUCCUAACUCUGGUUAUGGAAAGACCAGAGUUUCAGAAGAAGAUGAAGGAUCAGUAGUUAUUGUUAUACCUGAUGCUGAUCAGGUCAGAGAAGAUGUUGCAGAGCCAAGUUACAUAAUCCAGGUCCUUUCCAACCUGAGAAGUAUCUUAUUUGAAAUGGAUCAGGUCCUAUCCAACCUGGCAAGAAUCUUAUUUGGAAGAAAAAAGGAAGCACUGAAAAAUGAUGAAGAGAGGAAGCCAAUUCAUCCUAACCCUGGUUAUGGAAAGACCAGAGUUUCAGAAGAAGAUGAAGGAUAUACUGAUAAGGUCAGAGAAGAUGUUGCAGAGCCAUUUCCUCUUGUCUCUGGUGACCCAAAUACCAGGGUAUCAAAAGAUGAAAGGGUAAUAACAAUCACUGUUGACAGUGGUGUUGAGGCUGUAGAAAAUAUUAAACCCAUAACUGAUGUUGAGGUCAGAGAAGAUGUAGAGCCAUUUCUUGUUGUCUCUGUUGACCCAAAGCCCAAGGUUUCAGAAGAUGAAAGGGUAGAUAUAAUUGUUGACAGUGGUGUUGAGGGUGUAGAAAAGAUUAAACCUAUCCUUCAUAUCUCUACUGUUGAUAAGAUGACAGUUCCAAAAGAUGUCUCACGAGCAAAGGGAAGGAAAGGAAGAGCCAAGCAAAAAGAAAGAAGAAUUAAGCACUACUUCAGUUCUCACAAGAUACUGCUGGUUGGGGAGGGAGAUUUCUCUUUCUCUGCUUGUUUGGCCAAUGUUUUUGGUUCUGCUAAUAAUAUGGUUGCUACUUCUCUCAAUUCAAAAGAUUUCUUACAGGAAAAUUAUAGCAAUGCCAUAUCUAACAUCAAUGGUUUGAAGAAUAGAGAAUGUAUAGUUCUUCAUGGAGUGGAUGCAACAAAUAUGUCAGGCCAUCAGUCCCUCAGGGGCAUGAAAUUUGAUCGGAUUGUCUUUAACUUCCCCUGUGCUGGUUUUUUAAAAAACGAGUAUCAGAAGAGUCGACACCAAAAGUUGGUCACCUUGUUCUGCAAGAAUGCCAAGAAGAUGCUUUCGAAAGAGGGAGAAAUCCACAUUUCUCACAAAUCAGAUGGGUUUCAUCGCGAAUGGAAUAUAGUAUCUCUGGCCUCACUUAGUGGCCUCAAUUUUAUAAAAGAAGAAAAUUUUAAUUUGAAUGAUUAUCCAGGUUACAAUACUAAAAGAGGAUUUGGGGGAGAUGAGAACUUUGAUUGCAACCCCAGUAAGACUUACAUGUUUGGACUGUUAUAGAGACCAAUGAAUAGACUCAUGAGCAUCAUCUUGAAUGGGUUUAAUAGUAUUGUGCAUAUAUGGGAUUUUCAAGGAAAAGAAAUAUAGGUUUCAGAGAUUUGAGUAGAAGGCUACAUAAGUGUUAUCAAGCUAGAACAAGUGCCUAGCGCCCUUGGUAGAGUGUGGAGUGUUCAAGUUUCUUGGUUCUCACCUUCCUCUCCCUACCCCCCAUAGAAUACGAUAGAGUAGAAGUCAUUGAAAAAAAAAAUGUGUUAUUGAGUAUGAUAUGUGUUUCUUGAUGUUAAUGAAUACCAAAUCUUAUAGCCCCUCCAUAAAUUUUCCAUUAGUUUGCUCA